AUGUCAACGUCGACAGCCGAGCUGAAGCGCCUAGCUCAUUCCGAGUACUGGGAUGAGCGCUACGCCAAGGUCGGCCCAGAUGAGCAAGUCCACGAGUGGUUCAGAUCUUUCAACGACCUCAUGCCAUUUUUUGACCGGUAUCUUUUCCAAGUACGAGGGGCGGAGACAGCCCCAAGGAUCCUACAUCUGGGGUCCGGCGACAGCACAAUACCAGAGGAUUUCUCCAAAAUGGGUUACAAGAACCAAAUUUGUGUUGAUUUUUCGACGGUUGUAGUGGAAGCUAUGUCGCUGAGGCAUAGACAUGUUGGGGGCAUCACCUGGGAGCACGCCGACGUCCGUUGCAUGGAUCAGAUCCCGUCCGAGUCGGUAGAUGUUGCCUUUGAUAAGGGGACAUUAGAUGCUAUGAUAUAUGGCAGCCCUUGGGAUCCGCCCGACGAGGUUCUCGACAACACUGGUAGAUACGUUCGAGAGGUCUUUCGUGUCCUCAAGUCCGACGGCACGUUUAUUUACGUGACUUAUCGGCAACCUCACUUUAUAAGACCUCUUCUCAACUGUAAAGGAGUGGACUGGGAUAUUAAAGUGGACAUACUGGGUGGCUCCGAGAGCUCCUUCGACUACUCUGGGUUUAUACUGACGAAAGUUCCACCAUCAGCAGCGAAGCCAGCGGAAGCCGAGACAGAGAAAGGAAGCUCUAGCUGA